AUGGCGACAUCUUUGGCAGACCAGCUGUCGCAAGUCGCUGCUAAUUCGACACAUGCUUUGAACCUCAAGGCGCAGAAAGCUGCCCACGCAAAAUCUCUGAUAUUCGAGCCCCGAGUUGCCGCAUCUCAAAGUUUCGACACCAUAUACACAUUAUGCCACGAAGGGUUUCAAGAGUUAUGUCUUCUAGACGGCCGUUUCCUAGAAUUUCAGAGGGAUAUAUUCAGCGAACAAAGCCAGGCGGAAGACAGAACCCAAAUGACCGCUGGAGAGAACUCAGAACUCAAUAAGCGUCUGGAAACUUUCUUGGGCUUAGUGGGGGGCAAGUUGAGAUUGACCCCAGGUAUCAAAGCGGUAGAAUGGCUUGUGAGGAGAUUCCGCAUACACGAAUACAAUACUUCGUUCCUUCUAACGACCUUUUUGCCUUACCACACCCUUCCAAUUUUCACUACCUUGCUGUCAAUACUACCGACGAAGGUGCCAGAAGAGUACAAAUUCCUUUAUCCAUAUAUUCGGUCCUUGACCCCGCCUCCGAGACAUACCAUCGUUCACACCGCGACCAACAAUACCUCAUUUACUUCAUGUCUCAAUACCUACGUUUUACGUGUCAGCCAUGUCCGACAACAUCACUCGGCGCUUUUGGCCUUUUGGGCUGGAAUAAUGACAGAGGCAGUUGGAGGUAUGCUCGACAAAGCUCGAUCUGGAAGGAGGGGCGUGCAACAGCAGAAUGAGCAGGAUGUCAUUUUGAGGUUACUGCCAACCUUGAACGAAGGAUUGGCCAUGAAAAAGGUCCCAGAACUUCGCGUUGGAUGCUACAUGUUAUUGUCUGUCAUGGCAUCAAAAGGGGGGCUUGAUGACAAGCUGUUGACUGCUAUGAUGGAGGCUGUGGUCUUAGGGUGGACCACGGAAACCUCGAACCCAGGACUCGUCUGCCUCACCGUUUUGGCCCAACACCGGGGGGCAAAACAGAUCACGAAACGACUCACAAGAGAGUUGAUGAAGGUGGAAAAGCUACCUGCUCUUCUCGUUGAGCUUUCUAAGCAACGACGACUAGAUAAGCUCGCAAAUGGGCUUUGUCUAUCUCUUGUGGAUCGACUGAGGAAACAUGGCGAUAUCAACGGUCUUCCAGUCAUUGGCCAGAUUGUCAAGAAUCAAUUAUUGAGUGAUCAACAAUCCAGUGUGAUCGUUAAGUCAUUACUUUUGGUAGCCCACCAAAUUGAUGACGAGCCAAGCCAAAUAAGCAUGAGCCCUCAUCUUGCUUCAUUACUAGUAGAUCUCACACAAUUAUCAGGUCACAUAGGAGAUGUGGUACGUGGAGCUUUAGAAGAAACAGAUGUCGACAUGGACGAGCUGGAGAUGAAGCUUCAUACAACGAUUCGACCAGUGGCACUUCCAUCAUCGCCCUCUGAAGAUGUGAAGAUGGAAGAUACAGAUGUUGGUGCAUCGAGUGCAUCACCUAACUUCCAGUCUAUCCUCCAGCAUCUCCCAAAACGAACAGCGAGCGAAACGACUCUAUUAAGCCAUAGUGUCUCGCAUGUCUAUCCAGACCUCUGCCAGGCUUUCCUAGCUGCCACAUCGAACGCAUCCGAUCUUGACUUAUUUGAUGAAGCCCCCAUUCUCAGACGCGACUCGGCAUUAGAGGAUACUCUGUACCUGAGCUUUUAUAUGAGAACUUGGGUUGGACCUUAUCCGGUCUUAGCUCGUGCCUCCGCCCUUCAAAUGGCAACUCGUAAACUGUCGGGAACCCAAGGUUCUUUUGUAGAUAUUCAAGCGGUGCUCCCUUACGCUAUCGCUGCUCUCGGAGAUCCUGCUGCAAAAGUUCGUCGCGCAGCAGCGGAGCUUAUCAUUGCUUUGAACAAACUCUACCCAGCUAAUGUGGAACCCAAGAAAGCCCUGAAACAGCUCCGCCGCUGGGGUUCUGAGGACCUAUACGGACCCGAUACUGAGACGAAUGACCUCAACUGGCUUCAGCCCGAUGCUGCAAUUCGAUUUCUCCGAGAUCUACUUAUUCCAGCAUUAGAGGAGUGCAUUCUUGACGCAAAGCACAUCGAGUCAGUCUUUCAACAAGGUCUAAACAGCCACUCUAGUACGGAAAGCCCAAAGAAGAACGAAUCUAGGCGGAUUCCGCAAGCUUUACGAACAUCUAUCAUGGCAUUCCUAGCGUCCCAUGUUCUUCAUACACCUACGUUCUCUGUGAAGCUAAGACUUCUCGCGUCUCUAAAUCAAGUUCGAAGUGUAGCAGGAGUAACGCGCACGAAAUUUCUGCUCCCAGCCCUCGAGAGAUUUGGUGCUGUUGACCCAUCAGAAUUGUUGACGCACUGCCAAGAAGAGCAAAUCGACCUAGUUGAAUUUGAUGAUCAGAUGAUUGCGACUGUCACUGCAAAUGACAAGGAGGGUCUCAACUACCUUGCCCGCGUAGUGAACGGAGAGGUGGCCACAGGUAGACAUCUGCUACUGAAGGCUGUCUUUAAAAGGAUACAGACUAUCUGGACAUCACUAAAUGGCGAGUUUAAGUUAAGUACAGCCCAGAUGCUGAUGGACUCUGCCCAAUCUGCAUCGGAACAACUCAAUGAAGAUCAAGAACUUGCCUCGCAAAUGUCGACCGAACUUCUGAGCAAAAUGCCCCUGUCUACCGACAUUCUUUCAACCUUCCUUGACCAACUUCCUACCGCUGCCAAGCUAGCAGACAAGCCUCCUGCUUCCAAACGACGACGAACUAGCCAUGGAGAAGUAGCCCGAACUCCUCUUCAGGACUCGAAGCAACUCACUGCUGCUAUCAGAAAAGUAACCUUUAUUUUGCAAUUGGUCGAUAGUUCCAACCCAGGCACACAUCCUGAGCUCCUGAGGGGCCUUUUUACUGUGCUGGCGGAGCUUCAGCAUUUUAAAGCUCAGGUGUCCUCGGAACUUGCUUACCUGCAAGGUCUGGCGCUGAGCAGUCUUCUGUCUAUCCUGCAAGCGUGCAAAGCAAAUCCAGCUAUUAAACUGGAUCGAUCGGCCGUACGUGCAGACUUACUUGUUGACUGUAUCCAGAAGACCGCAAGCCCGCAAGUUCAAAAUGCCGCAUUGCUUCUUAUUGCUUCUCUAGCAGACACUGCUCCUGAACUAGUGCUUCACAGCGUUAUGCCUAUUUUCACGUUUAUGGGCAACUCAGUUCUGAGACAGAACGACGACUACUCUGCGCAUGUGAUAAGCCAAACGAUUCGCGAGGUUAUCCCUCCUUUAAUAUCUUCACUCAGAAAAGAUAAGGGGGACUUGGUGACUGGUGCUGCCGAGCUUCUUCUAAGCUUUGUUGCUGCAUAUGAACAUAUUCCUGCACAUCGUCGAAAGGGUCUCUUCACGUCUUUGGUCGAGACCCUGGGCGCUGGAGAUUUCCUAUUUGCGCUCUUGGCAAUGCUCGUAGACAAAUACGGCGCAAUAGAGAGCAUCAAGACGUUUGCGGUGGAGUUAUCGGGCUCUUUCAGUGUUGAGAUUCAGCUACACUCGGUUGCUAGAUACCUCGAUCUCGUAAAAGAUGUCCUGAAGCCUAAGCCAACUUACUCUUCCGUGUUAUUGAACGCCAAUGAUGAGGGAGUGUCUGAUCCGCAUGAAAUUGCCUCUAUCGAACUCUCUCUAUUGCCCGAGAUUCUCUCGCAAAAACGAUUGAUUGCACAGACUGGGAAGAUACUCGAGCGAGAUGAUAUGGACGCAGCAAGGGUUCGAGACCUAUAUUCGACACUUUUAGAGAGUCUCUUGGCAUUGGCAGAUUUGUUGAAGGGCCAAAAGCAUCUACACAGUACUUGUGGCGAUGUCCUAGAGAGCUUAUUAGGCUUGUUAUCUACCAGUGAAUUUGUAAAGUCUGUUGAAGGCCUGCUUGAUAGACCCAACGAAUCUUUGCGGAGGAAAAUCUUACGCUCACUGGAAGUCCGUAUCGACCAGGAGAAUCCUUCGGAUGCCGUCUCACGGGUCGCAAUGCUUAGCUUUCUGCCUCAACUUACAGCAAUUAUUCGUGAGUCCAAGGAUGUUCUUUACAAGCAUACCGCUGUGGCUUGUGUGGACAAGAUUGCCGAAAAGUAUGGGAAGAAGGACCUCGAGGCUGUUUCAGCGGCAGCAGAAACAAUUGCGAGCAGUCAUUGCCUGGGUCAAGCAGACAGCCGUCUCCGAGUCAUGGCCUUGCUUUGUCUCGCGUCAUUAGUCGAAAUCCUCAAGGAAGGCAUCGUCUCGGUGCUCCCAUCCGCAAUCCCCAAAGCGUUGGAGUAUAUGGAAGCGAGUGUUAAGAUGGAUGCCGAAGGUCAGAAAUUGCACAAUGCUGGAUACGCGUUCAUCAGUGCUUUAGUACACCAUCUACCAUAUAUGGUAUCAGGCGGGUACUUGGACAAGCUCCUGCAAAUAUCCAAUGUAUCUGCUGAGGCGGAUCUGGAAGAUGAAGCGGAUGAGAGCAGAGUUCAGUGUUUGCAACUUGCCGCCAAGCAGAUUGAUGCGAAGAGCAUGUUUGGGGCUCUGGAGAAAAAUUGGUCGCAGGCUGUGACACAAGGAUCAUUAGCACUCCGAGAGUAUGUUGAGGUUCUCAACAUUUCUAUUGACAAACACCCCAAGAGUGUUAUCACCAAGUACUCGACUAUCCUCGCCAGGAUUUUCCAAAAUGCAUUUGACCUCAGAAGGCAGUGGACUGAGGCCGAGAACGACUCUUCUCCCGAAAUUAUCUCAGAAAUCGAGGCGGAGAUCAACGAGGUGGCAAUCAAAAUGAUCUACAAAUUCAACGAUGCAACAUAUAGACCUAUCUUCGCCAACCUCAUCGAGUGGACGUCUUCAUUACCUAAGAAGGAUAAAGCGGGAAGAAACAUGCGUUUGCAAAGCAUAUACGGUUUCAUGGCUAUGUUCUUCGACAACCUCAAAUCGAUAGUGACGAGCUACGCCACCUACUUGCUUGACAACGCAGUGGAAGUCCUUAAAACUGUGAACCCCAAAGAUGAAGAAUCGAAAGAUUUGUGGAUAAAGGUUCUCCGAACACUAGUAAAAUGUUUCGAGCACGAUCAAGACGACUUCUGGCAAUCACCAACCCAUUUCAGCGCAGUCGCUCCUGUACUAUGCGCACAAUUUGCUCAUGGUUCGUCGCUUCCUUUGAUUGAAGAAUUAGUGCCCGCAAUUGUUGAGCUCGCGGCUGCCGCCGAUUCGUCAGACCACCACAAAGAGCUGAACGGGGCCAUUCUGAAACACAUGCGCUCAGAAAAUUCCAGUGUCAGAUUUGCCGCGGUGAGGUGCGAGCAGGAACUGACAGGCAGACUUGGCGAGGAAUGGUUGUCUAUGCUACCUGAAAUGUUACCGUUCAUUAGCGAGCUGCAAGAGGAUGAUGAUGAGGUGGUGGAGAAGGAGACUCAUCGCUGGAUUGUAAAGAUUGAGGGUGUGUUGGGUGAGAGUCUUGACUCCAUGCUCCAGUAG